AUGCAAGCACACGAUGCUCGCCAACUGUUGAAACACCUGGAAUGUCCAGCUGAAGGCUCCUACACCGAAGAGGAGCAGCAGUCCGAUUGGUUUUGCGACUUCGUGCGGAGCCUGAGGCUGCUGGUUUCUUCGGUGUCACCCAAAGGAGUGCGUCGUGGGCACCUGGUCGCCGCUUUUCCCGGGUCCUUGCUGCAAGAGUUCUACACCACGGAUGGAAGUGGCACCUGUGUGGCCCAGGAUGUUUACCAGGGGCUUGGCUGCGCAACCCGGGCGGACACGUCCUCCAUCGCGGAACUCCUGGGAGCGGACUCGGAGGAGCCUGUGGAGUUGGAGGCGAUCGAGGCCAGCUGUGCGGCGGCAGAGUUCUUUGUCUGGCGUCGUGAUGAGGUGGUGCUGGGAUGCGGGCAGCUCGUGGCGCACUCGGUGCAGGAGUCGGGCAAGGUGGUCGCUGAGUUGAGACACUUGUCCUGUGCCUUGGGAACCUUCGUGGCCAACGCCCCCGCGCUCUUCGCAUAUGCAGAGCGAGCCGCCGUUCUCGGCGGCGCGCCGCUGAUGGCCGUGAGGCGGUCGCAGGACCCAGAGCGGAAUGCUUGGUUUGCCAGCCGUGGCUUCAAGGAGCCGUCCGAAUCGCAAUCCGCCCUGCUGCCCCAAUCGCUGCGUGGCCCGGGCAUUUUCGUGAAGCGCCUUGGGGAGACCUCGGAAAAGGAGGCGGAGGAAGCCAUCGCAGCGUAUGCAGAGGAGCAGCGAAUGUGGGGUGGCAUGGUUUAA